AUGACUAGACUGAAUCUAUAUGAAGGUGGAAAAACUGCAAAAGACCUGCUGGUAUCUGCAAGAAACCAGAGCCUGCUGGUAUCUACAAGAGACCAGAGCCUGCUGGUAUCUACAAUAAACCAGAGCCUGCUGGUAUCUACAAUAAACCAGAGCCUGCUGGUAUCUACAAGAGACCAGAGCCUGCUAGUAUCUACAAGAGACCAGAGCCUGCUGGUAUCUGCAAGAAACCAGAGCCUGCUGGUAUCUACAAGAGACCAGAGCCUGCUGGUAUCUACAAUAAACCAGAGCCUGCUGGUAUCUACAAGAGACCAGAGCCUGCUGGUAUCUACAAGAGACCAGAGCCUGCUGGUAUCUAGAAGAGACCAGAGCCUGCUGGUAUCUACAAGAGACCAGAGCCUGCUGGUAUCUAGAAGAGACCAGAGUCUGCUAGUAUCUACAAGAGACCAGAGCCUGCUGGUAUCUACAAGAGACCAGAGCCUGCUGGUAUCUACAAGAGACCAGAGCCUGCUAGUAUCUACAAGAGACCAGAGCCUGCUAGUAUCUACAAGAGACCAGAGCCUGCUGGUAUCUAGAAGAGACCAGAGCCUGCUGGUAUCUACAAGAGACCAGAGCCUGCUGGUAUCUAGAAGAGACCAGAGCCUGCUGGUAUCUACAAGAGACCAGAGCCUGCUGGUAUCUACAAGAGACCAGAGCCUGCUGGUAUCUAGAAGAGACCAGAGCCUGCUAGUAUCUACAAGAGACCAGAGUCUGCUGGUAUCUACAAGAGACCAGAGCCUGCUAGUAUCUACAAUAAACCAGAGCCUGCUGGUAUCUAGAAGAGACCAGAGCCUGCUGGUAUCUACAAGAGACCAGAGCCUGCUAGUAUCUACAAUAAACCAGAGCCUGCUGGUAUCUACAAGAGACCAGAGCCUGCUGGUAUCUAGAAGAGACCAGAGCCUGCUGGUAUCUACAAUAAACCAGAGCCUGCUGGUAUCUACAAGAGACCAGAGCCUGCUGGUAUCUAGAAGAGACCAGAGCCUGCUGGUAUCUACAAGAGACCAGAGCCUGCUGGUAUCUACAAGAGACCAGAGCCUGCUGGUAUCUGCAAGAAACCAGAGCCUGCUAGUAUCUACAAUAAACCAGAGCCUGCUGGUAUCUACAAUAAACCAGAGCCUGCUGGUAUCUACUAACAGGUAG